GGAGAGUCACAUGGUCAAGGUCAAAAUACACUUUAGCUGAACAACAGUUUCUCUCUUCCUGAAAGACUACGGCUGCUGUUCUGCAAGGUUUUCUUGGUCUCCAGCAUUUUAGCUUGCUGGUCUGAAUGUUAGAUGAUGAGUCUUAAAGCCUUCACCCCGACGCUGAUUCUCGAGAAGCCAACCACAGGCAAAGAAAGGGACAAGUCCAGCAUCCAGUGUCUCGAAGCCUGCGGCAGGAACCUUUACAUUGGAGGCAAAGACUCUCUCGUCCAGCAUUUCGUCCUCCUGGAUGAGGGUGGGUCGGGAACGGAAGGGAAGGGCGCGGGCAUUCGGGAGGCCCGGAGGAGGCAGCUGGGUUCGCGGAGCCCCGUCUCGCAGCUGGGGGCCGUCCCGUUCCUGAACCACCUGCUGGCGCUGAGCGACGGGUCCCUCGUCGCGCUGAACAUGUUCUCCCUGGAACCCCUCCCCGGCCUGCGCAAGAUCCGGAGCGUCUCGUUCUUCCGCCUCCGCUGGGCUGCCGCGUCUUCCCGGCAGGACCUCGUGGUCCAGCUUUUCACCGCGUCAGCCCGGAGGAGGGCGGUGAGCGUCCACAGCGUGUCAGUGGACCGGUGGGAGUGCCUCAGGGAGGUGGCCCUGCCCCAGGAGCCGCUGGGGCUGGCCGUGGACGGGAGCUGCCUUUGCGUUGCCGCGAGCGACCGGUACUUCCUUCACGACUGCGAGGGCGGGGCCACCAUUGACCUGUUCCCGCAUGACCUGCCCAAGCAAGGCAUCAUCGUUGAUGCUAUCGGAAAAGGAGAGUUUCUUUUGCACAGCCCAGGGUCUUUGGGCAUGUUUGUGACGAGUACCGGGGUGUCUCACCGCCCCCCUAUACAGUGGCUGGAGGGGGUCCUGGGGGCUGUAGUUCAUUUCCCCUAUGUGCUGACUCUGAGCAGUGAGGCUCUUCACAUCUACAGCAUGCUGGACCAGAGACUCAAGCAAACCAUUCCUCAGAACAGAGCCAAGGGCCUGCUCUCAACACCAGAAAGGGUGUAUGUUUUCUCGGAAAGAGAGGUGCACAGCUUGAGCCCCGUCGCUAUGGAGGAGCAGAUCAAGGCUCUGGUGGCAAGCGAACGCGUGAACGAGGCUUUGGACUUUGUCCAGGGGGUACAAUCCCUGUUAUCCAAGGACACCUACGAGGUGCUGCACAGAAACCUUACGUGUACAGUGGGAUUUGUAAAGUUCUACGAGGAAAGUUUCUCUGAAGCCAAAAACCUUUUCAUCAAGGGCAAUCUGGACCCGAGAGAAAUCAUUACCCUGUACCCCGAGCAGCGUCUUCUCUGCGAAGACUUCAUAUCCCAGCAUACCCCAGUCUUCAACGCUAAAGACCUCAGGGCACUGAAAGAGGACCGUGCCACAUUUGAGCGAUACCAGAGCUUCCUGACAAACUUCCUGAGGGAGGUGCGGUGGGCUGACCAGAGCCGCGACUGCCGCAAGGAUGUUGACGGGGCGCUCCUGAAACUUUACGUGGAGGGAGAAAGUGACGCAGACCUUGUGGAACUCCUGUCCUCAGCCAAUGAUUGUGUUCUCAGUACGUGUGUGUCCUAUUUAGCACACCACAAAAGAUUCUAUGCCCUUGGUCUACUGCAUCAGAGCCAUGGCCAAGAUGACAAUGCGAUCCAGACCUGGGUGGAUAUCGUGGAUGGCAAUGCUCCAGAUGCUGUGAGUUCUGUUGCUUAUGAGCAAGUCGUAAAUUCACUCAGCCGACAGAAACGCGGACAGCUCAUCUGGAAGUUUGCUGACUGGGCUCUGCAGAAGAGCCAGGAGGUAGGGGUACAGAUCUUCACCAGGAGAGAGGAAGAUCAGGAUCCACUUGAGGAGGAAGAAGUCCUAAGCUUUUUGAAAAAGUAUCCCCUGGCUUUGGUGCUGUACCUGGAACAUUUGAUUUUCACUCUGAAAAGCAAGAAAGAGAGGCACCACACCCUUCUAGCCAUGACUUACAUCACACAGGUGCUGGAGGUAACGGAGAAGGGAGAUGGUUCAGACAGAACUUCAAACUCAUCCAGGGACAAACUGCAACAAUUCCUGUGGAAGUCAACCUUAUACAGCACUGUUGCACUUCAGGAACAAAUCCAGGGGACUUCCCUUCACUUGGAGAGAGCCACCCUGCAUGGGGUUGCUGGGGAACACCGCAAAGCCCUGCAGCUACUAGUUCACUGGGAGAAGGAUCUGAGGGCCGCAGAAGACUACUGCAGGACAGUAACAAGCAACCAACCCAAGGAAUUUGGCAACUCCCUCUACCAUGCCCUGCUCGACAUCUACUUGGACUCACCCCAGCUGGCAACCAAUGCUGCGGACCUACUGAACCACAACGCUGAAGCCUUUGAUCCGGUUGCUGUCCUCCGGGUGCUGCCCGAGGCGUGGUCAAUGCCCAUGGUGUCCAGGUUCCUGUCUGAGGCCGUGAGAGGAUUGGUCCACCGCAGGAAAAUGGGAGGGGUGGAGAGAAACCUAGCAAAGGUGGAGCACUUCAGGCACAGAUGCACAAGGACCACACUCACUCAAGGGAUGAUUAGAGUGGAGAGAGGCCAGGUCUGCCAGAGGUGUGGGAGAUACCUAAAUGAACCAGAGUUUAUGCGCAGUCUGAAAGGAGAACUGAUUCACACACAUUGCUGGAAUAAAUGAGCAGCCACCUGCAUGACUACAGCACUCUGGACCACACGUUCAUACGCACUUGUAAACUCUCACUUACAUGUAUAUUUGCCCAUGCACACACACACACACACGCAUGCAAGCACCCACAUUACUUCAGCAUCCUGACACCAGCAUGCAAAAGUAGGUCAUCUCUCCCAAACAUGCUCACUCAAAUAAACACAUGCACAUACACUCAAGGAAGUGCACAGACCAACACACAUCACUGACAUAGUGUCCUAUGCUCACAUAAAUACAGUCCGUAUUUCUGCUGCCCAAUUUAAAUAAUUUAAAAAAUUUAAAAAUCCAGUGAAAGUGACUGGUUGCCAGUAAGUUACUGUAAAUCAUUUUACAGUGUUAUUGCUGUAAUGUGAAAUACAGUAACCAUUACUUUACUGUAAAUCCAAACACCGUAUAACACUGUAAUUGCUCAUUGUAAAACACAAAUCAGUACUGUAAAGUCUAUGUAAUGACCAAGCGCCUAACAAGGCUUAAACUUUGGUCUCCAGGAUACGAGUCAGCCAUGCUAACCACUGCGCUAAAAAUGAAUUAACCUGUAGCAGUGCAGUUGCGCAGCCCUCCCGGUGGUUCACUCCACUACAUACUCUCUUGCAUGCACGCCACUCACUGGGUGCGAUCCUUGCGUUUCGAAGCCGCACCUUCCCAAUCCCACUCUGACACCAAAGUGGUGAGCAAUGAACUGGAGAGGCUUGAACUGGGGUCUCCAAUACAUAUACAACACAAUCUGCCUUACAUUUGUGAACAGUGUUGGCUUAUGCACAUUCACUUUAUACAAUGCUAUUGUAAUGUGGUAGAAAUGUGUUCAAACGUUACAUAAUGAAUUCAUACCCACCACAAUAAUUUUUUUUUUUUUUUACUACUGGUCCUGUUAUCUAACUAUAAAAAAAAAAAAACUCCUCACUCAGUUAGCCAACAGCAGUCAAUGUGGACCAAAUUGUGAAGGAUUUUUUAUUGCGUUGACACAUCAGCCAUUUAAUGACCACUGCUUCCAAAAUUCCUGAAUUCUUUUCUCACUCAAACUCAACCACCAGCAGAACUGUAUAUAUCUACAGCCCAUUUUGCAAAUGUUUACAUACUCUUUUCAAAACCUAAAAUAAAAAAACUAAAAUGAAGAGCAAUUUCCUACAUCAUUAAAUUGAAAUUAAUUGAAAUGCAUUCAAAAUUCUAAAAAGUAGAUAUGUUUAAAAACAUGGUGAAAAAGUUGUUUAUUGAAGUUAUGUGAAUGAAACCUAUCACAGCUGAUUCCCAUCCCAGUUGGGGACCUGUCCUCAAUCUCAUUAUCAUCUACACAGUAAAAGGAGACAUGUUUGGGAUUAUUUUUUUAGCAUAAUAAUGAAAUCUGUAAGAGAUGGAGGAAUGACUGACAAAGGAGGAAGAGUGGCGAGGGAAAGGAGUAUGCAUGCAUGGUGGAAGACACCAAAAGAGAAGACCAAGAGCUGAAGUCUCAGAUGAGACAAGGGAUGGUACAAUUGAGCAUGUGGUAAAUCAUGGUCUAACAAUGAGAGAGGCUGAUCUGAGGGUGCAGCCAAAUCUGGACCGCUCAACACAAUUGUGAGAAUUUUUCAGUGAACUAACGGGUAAGAUUAUGCAAUCUGCAAGGGCAUCUGACUGCGCUCAAUACUAGAUAAACAGUAAAUUCUUAACAAAA